UAUACACACAUUCAGUAUCUCUCACCCACUUUUUUUUCUUUCACUCUCACACACAUGCACACAAAGAUGUGAACAAACACAGACACCCACAUAGUCUGUGGCCUCCCAGGUGAGUAAACAGCGAGUUGCUGUACUUUGGAGUGGUGGAUCAGUCUUUCCAGCACCGAGUUCUGGCUUUGGCUCUACUGUUAAAAGCAGACGGACAACUGACAACGACAACGACAACGACAAGAUGGCUGGAGUUUGUUGGCUGGCCCUGAUUGGUGGUUUACUGCUGAAGGUGUAUGGACUGGAAGCUGAAAUCACUGAGGAGAACUCAGGAGCUGUGUUUGUGUCUGAGCAGGCGGCACACAUGGUGCUGCAUCGCCAGCGCAGGUACAACAGCGGCCAUCUUGAAGAAAUGCUUCACAAAGAUAAUCUGGAGCGGGAGUGUAGAGAGGAACUCUGCUCAAUGGAGGAGGCCAGGGAGGUCUUUGAGAAUGAUGAGAAAACUUUGGAAUUCUGGGCCAGCUACAUUGAUGGCGACCAGUGUAAGCCACCCCCCUGCCAGAAUGAAGGUGUGUGUGAAGAUGGGAUCAGCACUUAUCUUUGCUGGUGCAAAUCAGGCUUCAGUGGCAAGAACUGUGAGAUUGAGGUGAACAAGCAGUGUGUGAUCAACAAUGGUGGUUGCUCCCAUUUCUGUGUGAUGCAGGAGUAUCAGCCUGUGUGCUUGUGUGCAGCUGGUUACAAACUUGGGCCAGACAAGAAGAGCUGUGAACCAACAGGACCCUUCAGCUGUGGUCAUGUGAACCUCUCCACCCCAUUGGUCACCAGGUCCAUCAUAAACCCACGGUCAUCAAACACAUCAGAAACCUCUGAAAGGAACGUCAGUUUCAGCCAGAUUCUGCAGGAUGACAACUCUGAUGACAAUCUAACACAGUCAUAUGAUUACUACAACAUCCUGUUGAAUGAUUAUGACCCGUUCAACGUCUCUUUGGCUUCUGCAGUAGACAUACAUUCGUUGGAGUCAGAUUCAAACUCUGCAAUAAAUCCAGCUGAGGUUGCUGUGGACAGCAGUAAGGCGAGGAGUAUCAGUGAAACAUCCCCAGAAAAAGAGCUGCUGCCCUCUGAAGUUUUCUUCCCCAUACUGCCCAGUAUCACAGCUGAACCCAAUACUGAUGAGAGGAUUGUGGGGGGCCAUGAGGCCAAACCUGGAGAAAUACCUUGGCAGGUGAGCCUGAUGUAUCCCUCAGUCGUCCUUGGGAGAGCAGAGUCCUUCUGUGGAGGAGCUCUGCUCAGUGAUUUAUGGGUCAUCACUGCUGCCCACUGUCUGGUGCAGCCUGGUCUCACUACAAAAGAUUUCUUCGUCAGAGUGGGUGAACACGAUUUGAUUCGGACUGAGGGUCCAGAGCGAGACUAUGCAGUGGCAGAGAAGCAUAUCCACCACCAGUAUAAUGACAACAAGUCGCAAUUUAACCAUGAUAUUGCGCUGCUGAAGCUUGCCAAUCCAGUGGAACUGUCCAACGAACGGCGUCCCAUCUGCUUGGGCCCCAAAGACUUUACAGAGAACAUACUGAGGGACUCAAGCAGCUCCAUAGUGAGCGGCUGGGGAAAGCUGAAGUACCAAGGCCUUGAUGCCACCAAACUCCAGAAGCUGGCGGUGCCCUACGUGGACCGCACCUGGUGUAAAAAGAGCAGCCGGGAGCACGUCACACGUUUUAUGUUCUGUGCUGGCUUCCUAAAUGAACAGAUGGAUUCGUGCCAGGGGGACAGCGGGGGCCCGCAUGCCACCAAUUACAAAGGCACUUGGUUCCUGACAGGUCUCGUCAGCUGGGGGGAAGAGUGCGCCAAGGACGGGAAGUAUGGCAUCUACACUCGAGUCUCACGGUACUACACGUGGAUCAGUCAGAGAACAGGAAUUCAAAUUAACUGACAAAGAGUGUCAUGCAAAGAACACAGCUUCAGUCAAGAAGACAAACAAUUUUCGUUGUUCUGCCAUUGAGAAAGUGAAAGGUUUCUUUCUACUGAGUCAAGUGUUCAUGUUCAUUUUGACUUUCCAAUAAAAUAUAAUCAAAAAAUCUGAAUAUUUGCAUGUCUCUGUUCUAAUAUUGCCAAAUAAUACCUUGAAGCUCUUCAUACAACUUUUGAUCUUCUCAGGUUGAAGCUGAGCAGAGCUAUGGUGACGAUUACAUGAUGUCAACAAACUCUGUAUAGGUGAUGUCAGAUCAACGUUGGCAAGGCACAAAUUACUCACACAUUGUGGGCUAGUGCCUCUGGGGCAGGAAUAAAAAGAAGUGUCGUAACCAUAAGCUGCAUGAUUAGGAAGCUAGCAACAGCA